CACGCUCCAACAUCGGCUUUGCGGCACAAAUCGGUGGCUUUUAUAUAUAAGUGCAGCACCGCCGUCCGACGCUCAGACAGUUUUAUGUUCGUUCUCGCCCAAAACGUGGCCAUCGAGAUAUUUUCACUGCCAGUCCAAGAGGAACCAUCGAAAUGACCAUCCAGCUGCUACUGCUGCUGGCUCUCAUCUCCACCGUUCUGGGUGGUUAUAGUCCCUCGUCCUCUGCGGAUGAGUCCGGAAGCACGAACAGCAUCGGAGGCAGCAAAUGCGAUAAGAAUCCGCUUAGUGAGCUCACCUUUCAGCUGAGUGGAAGCAGCCUUCACUGGCCCUGUGAGUCCACCAAGAACAUCUAUGUCCAGUCCGGCAGAUAUGUGCCAAGAAAUGUGAUCGUCACACGGGCCCAGCUACAGAAGGAUGCGGCCUUUGUGGCACUGCCCAGGUACAAGCAGGGCGUGCCCUUUACCCUUGGAAAGGUGAACCUGAAGAAGGGCGAGUGUUUGACCAAAAUUGCACCGUAUCCCUGCUGGGCCAUCCAGGAGGAGGGCAACUGCCAGGCGCUGCAGUCAGUCGUGGACAUUGCCGUCGAUCAAAAUGGACUUCUGUGGGCCUUGGAUGUGGGCAUUGUAAAUACUUUGGAGCAGCCCAUUCGUCGCUGCGGCCCCAAGAUCGUGGCCAUUAACACGGCCAACAACAAGGUGGUGAAGAGCAUCGACCUCAGCGACCUGGUCACCUCCGAGAGCCGUCUGCAGUUCAUCGUGGUCGACUACUCCAAGGACAACAAGCCAUUCGUCUACGUGGCUGAUGCUGGAGCUCGCAGCAUCCUGGUGUACGACAUCACCGGCAACAAGUCCUACCGCAUUGUCCUGCCCAAGGCCACUGCACCCACCACCGAUGUCCUGUAUGUGGCACUCACCUCCAAACCAGACGGCACCUCCACUCUGUUCUUCAGCUACCUGAGCUCCUCGCGCCUGUACUCCAUCAAGGGCGAAUAUCUGCGUGUUGGCCAGGGCGCCGGCUCCAUCAUCGAUGUGGGUCCGAAACCAUAUGGCAAGCAGGCGGUGCUCCUGGGCGCCGAUGGUGGCACCUCACUCUUCUUCCGCUACAAGGGCGAGAACGACAUAUAUCUGUGGGACUCGGAGACGUGCUUUAAGGCCGCCAAUCUGCAGGAGGUGCAGCGCGGCGGCGAUUGCCGCCUGUCCACUCAGGUCCUGCCCGGACACAAGCGUUUCAUGUGGGCACUGGAGAGCAAUUUCCAUGACUUUAUCUCGGAUCGAACUGGUUGCAAUGGGGCCUCCAUUGUCCUGCAUCCGGUGGUUAAAGAGUGUGAUGACUAAAGAUCCCAUGGUCUCAUAGCAUAGAUGCUCUUAAUUAUUAGGCCUAAUACCAGCCUUGGUUUAUUUUCUUUCGUUAUCUUGUCUUAUUAAAGAUUUUCAAACAAAACUGAA